UAGAGUAACCUCCCCUUGAGUUAUGAAAGCAACAUGGCUACAGCAAGGUACAGGCAGUUUCUCAGACUGUGCGAAGAAUGGCCAUUAGAUAAGACCAAAACUGGAAGAGAUCUUGCUACUGUGAUACGUCAAAGAGUUGGUGAAGCUUUCAAACAGGGUGAGGCCUCACAGAUAAAUGAAGCUCAAUGUGAUGAAGCAUUUGAACAUUUGAACAAAAUCAACAUGAAUGCUUUCAAACAGAAAUAUGAAAGGACAUCAGAAACUGGUGCCACGGGAGCUGUGAAGGAACAGUGUACACUUGUAGUAUCUACAGAGGCUCUGGAGGAGCUUAACAAUGCAGAUAUGGGGUUUGUUGCAAAGAUGAAACGGACUCUUGGAUUUGCAGGUUGAACUGCAUAUUCAACUCAACUCUGCCCACAGUAUUCUUUCUAAUCUGUCACCGGUGGUUCUACAUUGCAAUCACAAUGACGACAGGUUUAAUUAGAUGAAGUAUAAGGAAAUACUGACAUUUUAUUUCACUUUGUUAAAAGCCAAAGUGGUGUGAAAUAUCCCCAUGUUUGUUCAGUCAAGAAAUACCUGAUAUGUGUGUGCAAUUUCUUUAUUACAAGUAACUAAAAUGUGUGAUCACUGUGAACAAUGAUGCAGAAGGCAUCCAUGAAUGCUGAACUUAGACAAAUGUAAACACAGUCAAAAGUGAAGUUGUGAAAAGAUUGUUUGAAUAAAACAAAAAUCAUA